AUGGACGACCAGUGGGUUUCCUUCCAUAUCCGGGACCACCUGGACAAUGGCGAGAUCUCCGUCCGACACACCGUCAUUGAAGGCGGCGAAUUCCAUAAUCCCGACGACCGAAGGAAGUCCCUCACCGAGGAGGAGAUCGACGAGAUCGUGAUCCCCUCCUACGGCAUCGGCGAGAUCUGCGCUCGUGGCCGGCGUGGCAGUGAGGGCCGCCUGGACCUGUUCCACGGCGAGUCCAAGAUCUGCGAGGUGCACUGGGACAAUCGCCAGGGCAAUCGCGUCAACCUGGUCGAGAUGUUGGACAGUAGUGACAAGUACCGGAUCGAACAUGGGGGAUGGAGCCCAGAGGCUGGACCUCUGGGCCACGUCUACAUCGACAUUUUGGCACGGAAGAAGUAG